UUCAUGAAAAUGACUUCAAUCUCAUGUAGAUUAAUUUAUUUUCAAUUUAAGUGUGGUUUUAAAUUGUAUGCUUGAGAUCAGUGGCUAAAAUUAUAUUAAUACUUGAACUUAGUGGUUAUAAUUAAAUGAAUACUUGAGCUCAAUGGUUAAAAUUACGUGUAAGCAAUACAGAGCCUAAGAACAUAAAAAAUCACUAAAUGUAGACAGAUAUCAACAACCAGCAAUCAUGUGCAUUUAAUUCUUGCAUUAUUUUUAGCACAGUAGCACCCAUGAAUAUGCACCUUUUUAUGUUGCAAUGGCUGUCUCUGUAUGCAUACUCAUGUGUUAGACCAUUUUUCACCCACCAUGCUUAUUAUUUUCAUUGGCUUAACUUGCAGGAUUACAAGAAGAACGAAUAUAUGGAGGCAGAAAUGCAAUGUUCAAAUGCUUCAAAAAGCAUGGAAAGGACGCUUAGAGCAGCUUGCAAUGCUACGAAUGCUAAGUUUGACAAUGUUGUGAAGGUCCUUGAUGGUCUUGUAUCAGAGUAUGAAAAAUCAAGUCAUGGUCCAGGAAAAUGGCAGAAGCUAGCUAUGUUGUUACAAAAAAAAGGUUUGCAAUGAUUUUUCCUCCUUUUUCUUUUUCAUUUCCUUUUGUAGAUGUGAAUAGUAUGUAUAUGGGCAUGCCUUUUGAUGUCUUUUGAAUUCAAUGAAAAUCCCAGUUUGGAAGGUCCACUACUUGAUCUCACCAAGAGAUUAAUUGACCAAGUUGGAUUAGA